GCCUGUGAAUGGAACACCUGGGAUGUAAGCAAGUGCAGCUUGCCCCUUAAGAAUCAACAGCCUGUUUGCAUCAUCUCUUAGGAAAUACCUGAGACUGAUCGAACCGCUGCCAAGCAGCCAUGGGUGCUAAGUUCUCCAAAAAGGACAUUGAAGAAUUAGAAGCUGCUGCCAAAACAGGAAACCUCACAGAAAUAGCAACAAAGCUGAAGGUGUCUGUAGAGUUGAUAGAAAACACCCAACUCCACAUUGCUGUCACGGGAGAGUCGGGCUCCGGAAAAUCGUCCUUUGUCAACGCCAUCCGGGGACUGGGAGAUGAAGAUGAAGGUGCCGCUGAGACUGGGGUGGUAGAAACAACAAUGGAGCCAAACGCUUACCCUGUACUCCCCAAUGUAACAAUAUGGGACCUGCCAGGAAUCGGGACUCCCAAUUUUCAGCCAGACGAAUACCUCAAAGAGGUAAAAUUCAACAGCUACGACUUCUUCAUCAUCAUUGCCUCAGAGCGCUUCACUUCCCACCACACCAGCCUCGCCCAGGAGAUUCAGAAGAUGGGGAAGAGGUUUUACUACGUGCGCUCCAAAGUGGAUAAUGACUUGAAUGCUGGGAAAAGGAAAAAGAAUUUCAACAAGGAGAGACUCCUGCAGGAGAUCAGGGAGGACUGUAUAGAGAACCUGAGAGAAGGGGGUGAGGCCUCCCCACGGGUUUUCCUGCUGUGCAGCUGGGAACCGCACAAGUACGAUUUCCAGCUCCUGCAAGAGACACUGGAGAGGGAGCUGGACGCUCACAAGGGACUCGCUUUCAUCCUGGCCCGGCCUGACAUCUCGGAAAAGAUCGUGAAAAAAAAUAAAGUGAAACCACUGCAGCAUAGAUCGAAAUGUGCCCCGGUCUCAUCUGCUGUCGCUGCUGAUCCUGACCCAGACUUGCAGCUAAAACCCAGUGACCCAUUGCCAGCAGCUUACAUGCCAAUGUUCUCCAAAGAGGACAGUGAAGAAUUAGAAGCUGCUGCCAGAGCAGGAAACCUCCCAGGAAUAGCAGUGAAACUGAAAAAGUCUCUAGAGUCAUCAGAAAAUACCCCACUGCACAUUGCAGUCACAGGGAAUUCAGGCUCUGGAAAAUCAUCCUUUGUCAACACCAUCUUGGGAUUGGAAGAUGAGGAUGAAGGUGCCGCUGAGACUGGGGUGGUAGAAACAACGAUGGAGCCAAAGGCUUAUCCACACCCUGUACUCCCCAACGUAACGAUGUGGGACCUGCCAGGAAUCGGGACACCCAAUUUUCAGCCAGACGAAUACCUCAAGCAGGUAAAAUUCAACAACUUCGACUUCUUCAUCAUCAUCGCCUCAGAGCGCUUCACUUCCCACCACACCAGCCUCGCCCAAGAGAUUCACAAGAUGGGGAAGAGGUUUUAUUACGUGCGCUCCAAAGUGGAUGCCGACUUGUACGCAGCUCAGAUCCGCCGGCCCAGCACCUACGACGAGGAACAGAUCCUGCAGGUCAUCCGAGAGAACUGCAUCAAGAACCUGAGGGAAGCAGGUGAGGCCUCCCCACGGGUUUUCCUGAUCUCCAGUUGGGAACUGCUUAAAUAUGAUUUCCACUUCCUGCAGGAGACACUGGAGCGGGAUCUGGAUGCUCACAAAAGACUCAUUUUCAUCCUGGCCCUGCCCAACAUCUCGGAAAAGAUCCUGGAAAAGAAAAAGGCCGAAUUGCAGAAGCAGAUAUGGAAACUAGCCCUUGUGUCUUCUGCUGCCGCUGCCAUCCCUCUCCCAGGUCUUGGUCUUGCUUGUGAUAUUACCAUCCUGGUGACAUCCAUGAGAUGUUACUGUAAGGCCUUUGGACUGGAUACAACCUCACUCACUAAUCUCGCCAACAGGGUGGGGACGACCGUCCCAGAGCUGAGGGCGGUUAUGAAGUCCCCACUGGCUGCAGAAAUAUCUAAAGAGCUUGUAAUCAAGCUGCUAAGCAAGGCUGCAUGUGGGGCAGCGAUGGCAGCUGAAACGGCUCUGAGUUUUAUCCCAAUACCAGUGGUGGGGUCUCUGCUGGCUGCAGGAGUUUCUUUCGGGACCACGUACUACAUGCUGCAGAGCUUUCUGAGUGAGGCCGCGGAAGAUGCUCAGAAAGUUCUGAGCAAGGCUCUUGAGGAUGAAAAAUUCAAAUAAGAGCAAAUAAUCCAGUGCAUCAAAUAUCAUAAGAACAUAAGAACGGCCGUACCGGGUCAGACCAAAGGUCCAUCUAGCCCAGUGUCCUGUCUACCGAUAGUGGCCAAUGCCAGGUGCGCCAGAGGGAGUGGACCUAACAGGCAAUGAUCAAGUGAUCUCUCUCCUGCCAUCCAUCUCCACCCUCUGACAAACAGAGGCUAGGGACACCAUUCCUUACCCAGCCUGGCUAAUAGCCAUUAACGGACUUAACCACCAUCAAAAAUUCUUAAAGUGAUUGCAAAAAAAUGAGAGCGAGACCAGAUGAGAUUUCCAGGGUUUCUGAUUGGGAUGUUUUAACCAUUGCAUUAAAGAUGGAUCAGUGAACUCCAGUUAUAUAUUCUAUAGGGUUAGGAUUAUCUAUCACCAGUGCAGAGGGUCUCCUGAAGCAGAUUCAGUGCCGGAAACAUGUUACCAAUGAACAGCAUCACCAGCAAGGGAUGUUUUCUGCUUCCAUUUCUGUUUUCUUUUUCAUUUUUCCUCUCCCAUUAAGUGUCAGGUUAAAUGGUUCCUGUCUUCAGCCCCUGGGAAAACAGUUAUUUGGAGAAGUAAGAUGAUGCCCCAGAA